AUGCCUUUUGUUAAACCAACGCCCGAGGAGAUCAGGAAAACGGCGCGAGCGGCGGUAUCAGCUUUGGAAAAGAACAAUCUCAAGGCGUGUCUGUUCGGAAGCGCCGCUUGCGCAAUCUAUGGGAUGGAAAACCGGGUCCCAAAUGACGUGGAUCUGAUCGUCCUUACCAACACGAUAGAGCAAGAGCAAAUUAAACGCCUUCUUGUAUCAACGGACAACGACUUCUUUCUCGUCCCGUCUACGAAUCCGCGUGCAAACUACCGCGUACUCUGGUACAACCUCGACCCGUGGGACGCCUGCGAUGGUAGAGCUACACGGUGUAAAGUCGAUGUCCUCGUCCCUGGUGUGCUCAGCAUCCCAAAUAUACCACCUAGGCUCAUAUGCUUCGAGCAAACCCACCCCGAUAUACCAUUGACCCCAUUUUUCACCCUCCUCUUGCUUAAAUUAAGGGGAUGGUGGGAUCACCUUACCGAUCACAGGGAAUACAUGUGGGAGAAAGUGCCUUUCGAUGAAAGAGACAUUGAGGAAUUAUUGGAGCUCGCCGUUGAAGAGUACGAAGUUCAUUUGCAGAAGGAGAGGUGGUUACCGAUGUGGCUUAUAGAGGAGUCAGAAGAGAGAGCGAGGUAUUUUGUGAUUCACUGCCCUGAUACCACGGAUGCUUGGAGUGAAAUUGGGUUUGACUUGGACUUCAGCUAUGACGAGGCAACGGAUUCAGAAGAUCUAAAUUUUGAUGAUUUUAGGAUUUAG